AUGCAGGCGACGCAAGACUCGCGCUGCCCCGAGUGCCAUGACGCGUGCCGCAUCAUUGCCCGCUUCUGCCCGUCGUGCGGCGCCAAGAUGCCGAGCGCGAUCUUGGCCAACAAACGCUUGGCUCCACGCAUCGAGAAACUUCAGCCGCCGCCACCCAAGCUCAUCAAUGGCAAGAAAAAGCAAUCGAAAAAGCGACCUAUCGUGGCCUUGAACCCUCUACUGAUUGCUGCGCCAGCUAUCGAGCCUAACAACCAAAGCUCCGUGCUGGACCCGCCUGCCAAGCCAGCGAGAAAGGACGUCGUCGCCGCGGUGGCACGCGUUCCUGCCGCAAUGCGAAGAGGCGUCAAGCAUGACCGAGGAAAGUCCGAGCACCCCGUCGAAGGGUGGAUGCGACGCCUUCAAGAGCUCUUGGCCAAGCUCAAGUCGGUGGACCGUUCAUCGUCGUCGUCUCCGUCCACGUCGCCAAAGAAGGCGCUCUCAAGGGCACAAAAAACGCUGCUCGAGCACACGUGGGUGUCGCUGCACACGGAAUUUGACGUGCAUUUUCUCCACGAACCGACCCUCUCGCCCGAUCUUCGCGCGGAAUGCGCGCGGCUCUUGACGCAUGCGCAGACAACGCUGAGCCGCCUCGCGAUCAAAGAGCCCAAGGAAGAGGCGCCGGGUGUUGUCGUCGUCAAGGUCGACGGCGCGCUCAUGCGGUUCAAGAGCCGAUCGGUGCCUGUCAAGCCUAGUAUAUCCGUUGAGUCGGCUCUGGCGUCAACGGUGCCAAUGCCGCUGCGGCCGACAACGAUGAGCUCCGUCGCUGAGCCUGUGCAACCGCGACACACAAUGUUUCUACGACGUGACCCGAUGCACAUGUACACAAGGGCAUACGCUUUGCAGAGCGAAGCACGCGUUCUCGUGAGUCUGUACGAAAGCGACGCGACAACCAACGCGCUACGCGUGCGCAUCUACGAGCCGCAACGCGCGACAGCCCAGGACCUCUUCCUCAGCGCCACCGACCUCCAGCGGCUUGCAUCGCCACCACUCUAUUUGAAGCGAGAUCUUCCAAGUGCCUCUGUUGUCGGUCUCGCCCAUUGGUCCAUGUGGUUUGACACGGUCCUUCGUCCCCGCCUGCGCGCCAGCGUUCGCCAUCACUGGCACAUUCGAUUUCCUUGCGUCUACCGAGCGUCAUCGGUGCUCUAUUAUAAAGGCGGCGACAGGCCGUUUCGGUGUCUCCUGGCCAUGCACGUGACCAUCGAGUACCAUCUCGAAGUUCGCGCGUUUGACGUUUGCGCCAACGUCCUCCACAAGACGAUCGUGCCGGUGAGUCACUUGCAGACCGCAUCAUCGUCGACGUUCCCGUUAGAUGUCCUGGAACCCUACAAGUGGCCAUCGCUCUUUGAAGCGCUCGUGCGGCAGCUCUACAUAGAGCACACCACCAACGGGUAUGAGCUCGUCUUUGCGGGUCUUGCACCAUGUGGGCGGGUCGUCGCCACGGCGGCGCCAAUGCACACGGCGUGGGCUACGUUCCUCGACGACGAGCACAAGCGCUUGUCCCGAUUGCGGGAGCAGUGCGCGCAGCUCGCGGCGUCGGUGGCUUUACGCCGGGCGACCCAGCGCGCUGAAAACGACAUGAAGGCGCGCAUCCGCCUCUUCCAAUCGAACGUGUGCACGCGUAUUCAACGCCAUUGGCGGGGCUACCGCGGCCGCCGUCGCUUCCGAAACGUCCUGUACGACCGAGCGCUUACGCUUUGUGCGUGGGGCGCCGUGCCGGCAACGAUGCUCUGCACGCAGCCUCCGUUCGACGUCUUUCGAUGGUUCCAAGACCCGACGACGCUCGUCGUGCACGCGGUGCCAGUAUCAACGUUGCCCAAGGCCUCGCUCCUUCUACAGCCGCGUCCAUCGGCGCUAUCGAUUGCGUGCAGCACGCGCAUGCGAACGCCGUACGACAUGCAUCGCUGGGUCGCAUCGAAGGCGCUGCUCACGCUACGGCUCACGUGCGCCGCCGUCAAGAUCCAGUCGCACUUCAAGCGACUCUACUGCGUGCGGGCCAAGGCGCGCCGCCGCCCGGCCUCGCUGCGCUGGGCGAGGCGCAUCCGGGGCACACCGGUGCUCCUGCGCCUGCGCGUGCUCGACUCGGGCGAUGGCCUCGUGUCCGUGUUCGUCCCAUCAACAAGCCUGCUCGCUGAGCAAGUGGUGCCACAGGACAGGCUCGUACGUGGCGCCGCCUCGAUCGCGAAUGCCAUCGACCUCUUCUACUCGGCGCAAAGCCGCGUCGUUACCUUCCGUGUGCUUCCGUAG